AAACUGGUAUUUCUUAUUUAGGUGCUGGUGAAGCUAAUUUUGAUGCUUUUGAAAGUAAUCCUUUUAUGACUAAAUCUCAACGAAGAGAAAUGGAAGUGAAAGCAUUGCUUGAAAAGAUUCAACCUGAGUUAAUUACUCUGGACCCUGGUCACUUAGGAUCUAUAAAUGUGCCUAGCUUAAAAGAAAAAAUGGAAAAAAUGAAAUCAAUUGCUUAUGUGAAACCUCCAAAAAUUGAAUUUGAUGUCCGUCCGAAAACUAAAGGAAGAAAUAAAAGUGCUAAGGUGUUUAAAAAAAAAACAAUGGUGAAAGAAAGUGCUAAAAGAGAAUUUGUUAAAUCUGUAAUGAAAGAAAAAUCUCAAACAAAGAAAAAAGAAUCUAAAGGAAGUGGUGUACUUGAUCGAUUUAAAGCUAAAAAUAAAUAAUGUAUUAAUAUUAUUAUUUUGUAAAUAAAGUUUCUUUUUAUACUCAAA